UCCGGACUCCGUUCCGGCCGGUUCUCCUCUCCUCUCCUCUCCUCUCCUCUCCCGUCCCGCAACAAUAAUGCCCUAGCUCGCCGCCGCGUUUCUCGACGCCGUUCGUUCGUUUCCUUUCUUUUCUUAUCAUCUCCUCCCGUGUGCGUGGCCGUGCCGUGCUGUGCUCCGCUUUAUUGACCAUUGUCGCUCGUCCAACACCUGACACAAAUCCACAAUGGCCACCGAUACGUUCGUCACCGUCGUGGACUUCGAGGACGACGAGAUCACCGCCACCGUCACGUCCUCCGGCGACGCCGUGAAGGCCUGGCUCCGCCAGAUCCGCUACGUCUACCGCUGGGUCUACCACAAGCUCAUCGUGGGGCUGGACGUGGAGUGGCGCCCCAGCUUCGGCCGCGCGCAGAAUCCCGUCGCGCUACUGCAGCUCUGCGUCGGCCGCCGCUGCCUCAUCUUCCAGCUCCUCCACGCCGACUUCAUCCCGCUGGCCCUCCGCCGCUUCCUCGCCGACCCGGACUUCCGGUUCGUCGGCGUGGGCGUGCAGAACGACGUCGACCGCCUCAACGACGACCACGGCCUCGAGGUCGCCAACGUCGUCGAUCUGCGUAGCCUCGCGGCCGACGAGAUGCGCAGGCCGUGGCUCCGCCAGGCCGGGCUCAAGGACGUCGCGGGCGUCGUCAUGGGGGCCAACCUCCACAAGCCACGCAGGGUCACGAUGGGGCCGUGGGACGCCUGCCGCCUCUCCCAGGAGCAGAUCCAGUAUGCCUGCAUCGACGCCUUCGUCUCCUUCGAGGACGGCCGGAAGCUCCUCACCGGCGACUACUCCGACUCCGAAGAGGAGGAUGACUCCGGCUACUGAGGCCAUAGAUCGAUUGCCUCGUCCCGUACGUGUCCUGCAAAUUCCACCUGCUGUUCCCAAGUACUACCUGCCUCGUUCCGUACGUUCUUAUAUUAGUUUAUAGAGGGAGUAUUACUUGUGCGUUUAGAUUUAGUUGUUCAUCUCGUAAUCCUAAGUUAGGGAUGGUUUAUUAGGAGUUUAUCUGCGAUGGUAAUGAUGCUGUGACUAGUACUAGCUUCUAGUGGUUAGAACUGGCUUGGUGCCAUGACCAUUUGUGCCGUAUCGAUCAAGACCUUUUCUCUUUUCUUUGUGAAUUAUGCUGCUCAUCUAUGCUUUUUGUUGGA